AUGCCUCGAGUCGGCCGUGCCAAAAUCCGUCAUCACGCCGCUGCGGUGGCUGUCCAGAAGAACCAAAGCAACGAUGCUCCCGAGGGUCAGCCGUUUGCUGCUCCUACCCCUGUGACUGAACCUGUCGCGGUCAAGGAAGACCGGACAACCAAAAAGUUGAAAGGUUUGAAGGUCCCACCGGAAGGAUUGGAAGCUGGCAAAGCUCCUCACCCUUACUUUGUUCCCUCCAAAUCUCAUCUCAGACGGCAGAAGCGCAGGGCGCGCGAUAUAGCUGGUGGCCUCUCUUCAUUGGAGAAUGCCUUGUCUUCCAUCGCCCCUGAAGCUGCCGUACCCAACCCUCCGGCUUCUCUGGCGAUAAACAAAAAGACGAAGAAAGAUGUGGUCAAGACCAAAGAACAAAGAGAUGAGGAGAGAAGAAAAAGACUGGAAGAAGAGAGAGAGCGCGGAAAGAUUGGAGAAGGCAAGGGCAGAACUCUGGGAGAGAAGAAGAGGAGAGAUAUCAUCCAAGAAAGCGCAAAAAGAAUACCAGCUGUCAUGGGACAUCCAGCCUUCAAGCAAAACCCGUGGGCUGCCAUCAGGGAGCACGCUGGAAACACCUUGGCGCAAAAGUAG